GGUGGAAGGAGCCCAGCGGCCGGACGCCCUCGCCCCCCGCGACCCCCGACCAUGGACAGGACGAGCGUGCUGGAGCUCCUCCUCCCGGAACUCGGACUACUGCUCCAGCUGCUGGACGGUGAGGACCUGAGCCCCGCGGCCUUGGAGAAGAAGGCGGCUGUGUCUGCCAUUCUACAGAGGACGCAGCCUCUACCUGGGAAGGAGAGCGCUCAUCUGUACCUGAACACUGCAGACCUGCACAAUGGCCCCAGCUUCGUGGAGUCCCUGUUUGACGAGUUUGACUGUGACCUGGGAGAUCUCCGGGACACGCCCGAAGAUGACGGCGAAGAAACGAACUCCGAGUCAGCAAAGAGCCAUGAGCUCAGAAAUGUGUCCCGGGAGCCCCCACCGCCCCUCCCCACGACGCCCCCACCCGAAGACUACUAUGAGGAAGCCCUCCCGCUGGGCCCCGGCAAAGCUCCCGAGUACAUCACUGCCCAGAAUGGCAUGAGCCCCCCCAACUCGCUCGAGGAUGGAUACUAUGAAGAUGCAGACAGCAACUACCCGGGAACCCAGAUGAAUGGGGAGCCGAAAAGCUCGUACAAUGACUCGGACGCGAUGAGCAGCUCCUACGAAUCGUACGAUGACGAGGAGGAGGAGGACAAGGGUCGGCAGCCAGCCCACCAGUGGCCGUCAGAGGAGGCCUCCCUGCACCUGGUGAAGGACAGCAGGAUAUGUGCCUUCCUGCUGCGGAAAAAGCGCUUUGGGCAGUGGGCCAGGCAGCUGGCUGUCAUCAGGGAAGACAAGCUGAUGUGUUACAAGAGCUCCAAGGACCGCCGGCCGCACCUGGAGCUGGCUCUGGGCACCUGCAAUGUCCUCUACGUCCCCAAGGAUGGGCGCCGCAAGAGGCAUGAACUUCGCUUCUCCCCGCCAGGCGCUGAGGCCCUGGUCCUCGCCGUGCAGAGCAAGGAGCAGGCCGACGAGUGGCUCAAGGUGAUCAGGGAAGUGAGCAGCCCUGGAGGAGCCGGGGGGUCCGAGUCGCCUUCGUCCCCACUGCUGCCCUGCAGGCUGGAUGCAGACAAGCGGCUCUCCCAGGAGAGACAGACCUCGGAUUCAGACAGCGUCGGUGUAGGGGAUGGCUGUUCCCCAGUCAGCUGGAGAGAGACGGGAGAGCACGCCAGGGGGAAGAAGAGCGGUCUGGCAGAGCUGAAGGGGUCGGUGAGUAGGGCUGCGGGAAGAAAGAUCAACCGCAUCAUCAGCUUCUCCAAGAAGAAGCCGCCGGCAGAAGGCACGCACACCUCAUCCGCGGAGGAGGACCUGCUGGGCUGCGGCUCCCUGCGCGUGCUGUCCCGUCAGUGCUGGCGGGAGCGCUGGUGCCGCAUCCAAGCUCACACCCUCUUCGUGCACAAGGACCGGGCGGACCUGCGGAGCCCCCUGGACACCCUGGAUCUGCGCGGCUGCCGGCUCGCCCCGGGCUUCGGCCACCAGCAUCCGUUUGCCUUCCGCAUCCUCCGUGGCCAGCGGGAGCUCGCCGUGCUGGAGGCAAACAGCUCAGAGGACAUGGGCCGCUGGCUGGGGCUGCUGCUGGUAGCGACGGGCUCCCCGGAGACCCCCGAGGCCCUGCACUACGACUACGUGGAUGUGGAGACCCUAGCCAGCAUCGUCACUGCCAGCCGCCACUCCUUCCUGUUUGCCAGCUCCUGCCCGGAUAGGUGGGUUGAACCCCGAGUCUAUGAUGAAGUUCCCUAUGAGAAACUGCAGGCGGAGGACCCGCAGCGCCCAGCAGGGGCCCAGGUGAAGAGACACGCCUCCUCCUGCAGUGAGAAGUCACGCCGGGUGGAUCCCCAGGUCAAGGUCAAACGUCAUGCUUCCAGCGCUCAGCAGUAUCGUUACGGCAAGAACCGGGCCGAGGAGGACGCUCGCCGCUUCCUGGUGGAGAAGGAGAAGCUGGAAGGGGAGAAGCGAUCGAUCCGGGAUGAACUGGGGUCGCUGCGGAGGGAGAAGCGGGAGGUGAAGGAGGCCAUGAAGACCAGCUCAGGGAAGAGGCUGGAAACGUUGGAGCAGCGGGCGGCGGCGUUGGAGGCCGAAUGUCGGGAGCGGGAGGAGAGACGCAUCGACCUGGAACUGCGGCUGACCGCCGUCAAGGAAAGCCUCAAGCAGAGCCUGGCCGGAGGCCCCGCCCUGGGCCUGGCGGUCACCGGGAAGGCCAAGAGCUCGGAUGCCGGGAGCAAGCCCAGCUGCGGCUCCAGUGAACCAGCAGUCCCGGUCAACUGUGCUUCCGAGCUGAGGAAGAGGAGGCCGUCCAUUGCAGCCGCCAGCAAAGGGAAAGUCUUGCAGAGAGCAAAGGAGUGGGAGAUGAAGAAAACCUAAUUGGAUGUUUUCCAGCACUCGCCCUCCGAAGAGACCCCCCACUCCAUCACCUGCCCCCUGCUUGGAGAUGUUGGAGAGACUGGACACUCCCUGGAGAUGGGGCAGAGCACAGAUCCUAACUCCACUCAUAUACAUGCACUCACACACACACACACACACGCUCCUCCAACACCCCCUCUCAGGGACUACGAGGGCCUAUCAGGGGCUAUCGGGGUGUGGUCUGGGGGAGACAGGCUUGGGAGAGGAGGGAGC